UGCACACACACAACAGGAUUUUGCAGGAAUCGUGGGGCAUGACAUCGUGUCUUGGUUUCCAUGUCCUGCUCUGCCAUCCCAUGUCGUAGAAUCCUGAAACAAUUCUGUGCAUCUCUCUCUCUGAUACGUUCGUAGAGUGGCGCUCUCUCUUUCUCUCUCUUGUCUGUCCCAGCUUCAAUCACUUCCUGUUGUGGUAUAUUCGUGGAAACUUCAUCUGUGCUUGAAUCUCGGCUCUGAUUCUGCAAUUCUGAGUUUCCUCUUGGGUGGUUCAUGAAUUUUGUGAUUGCAUAAGUUGUCGUGUUGGAUUUGGGUGCAGUGAAUUGAGGGCGAUCGUGCGGGGUUGAGGCACAGUGGGGACGAAGGGGACUGGGUUUGCUGAAGAGGUUUAGACGAAAGGGGGAGGGAUCAGAGGUUAAACCUUGGCGGGGGAAAGAGAUGACGGGUGGCGUGAAGAGUUUGAACUCAAAGAGCGAAUUGGACGCUGCAGUAAAGAGUGGCGUGUCGGUGCUACACUUUUGGGCUUCAUGGUGUGAGCCCUCCAAAGCUAUGGAGCCUGUGCUUGCUCAGCUCGCUGUCGACUGUCCUCAAGCUCACUUCUUUCGAGUGGAGGCUGAGGAGCAGGCGGACAUCUCAGAUGCUUACGAUGUCGGUGCGGUUCCCUAUUUCCUGUUUAUGAAGGACGGCACGGUGGUUGACAAGCUACAAGGUGCAGAUGCCCCUGAACUGGCCAAUAAAGUAGCCAAGUGGGCAGGCGAUAAUACAUCUGUAUCAGAAGCUGUUCCAGCAAGCUUAGGACUAGCGGCUGGGUCGAACGUGAUCGAAGCAGUCAAGAAAGACCUGGCUCCACAUGUUUCCUCUGAGACAUCUGGUAACAGUGCUGCAGCUGGGAGCCUUACCGAGUUUGAGAAAGGAUCGCUUUUGAAAUUGAUCAAUUCCAACCCCAUCAUGCUAUUCAUGAAGGGUACGCCAGAGGCACCGCGCUGUGGAUUCAGCCGAAAGGUGGUGAACGCUUUGGUUGCGGAAGGUUUACAGUUUGGCAGCUUUGACAUCUUAACGGAUGAUAUUGUGAGGCAAGGCUUGAAAACUUACUCCAAUUGGCCAACAUAUCCUCAGCUUUAUGUGAAGGGAGAGCUCCUCGGUGGAUGUGAUAUUAUUCUCGAAAUGAAGGAAAAUGGAGAGCUUAAAGAGGUACUGGAGGAGAAGGGUGUCUUGCCAGCCCACUCGGAGCAUCGUUCUUCUGAAGCGGCAGGAGAAGUGGUUACUGAACCUGCUGUUCAUGAAGAGAAGACUACUUCGGAAGCAGUUGUCAGUACUUUGCCUGAUCAACCGACUGAAGAAAGUGCAGGUGGGAGUAAUAUACAGUCCAGACUAGAGCAACUUACAAAGGAACAUCCAAUCAUGUUGUUUAUGAAGGGAAACCCAAGUGAGCCUCGCUGUAAGUUCAGCCGAAAGGUUGUGCAGGCACUUAACGAAGCAGGCUUAGAAUUUGGUAGUUUCGAUAUAUUGAGUGAUGAGACUGUCAGGCAAGGCCUCAAGGAGUACUCUAACUGGCCCACGUAUCCUCAGCUGUAUGUGAAGGGCGAGUUUAUUGGUGGAUGUGAUAUUGUUCUGGAAAUGCAAAAAAAUGGGGAGCUAAAUGAGGUCCUUCAGAAUGCUUGAGGGACCUCUGACUGACUGACUGACUGGUGCCUUUCAAUCUUUCUGAUAAUCGAAGCCCUGCCUCGAAUAACAGUCGAUCGUUGUUUUGGUUACACUUUUCAGUUCCAGUUUUUUCAACUACAAUAAUAAAUGUGAAGCAUUGAGUCACUUUUGCCUGUCUUUA